UAUGUGCGAUUGUAAAAUUUUUAGUGUUACAAGUUUCACAAGGAAAUCAAACAUGCCGUGAAUUGUUGUAAGAAUGUAUUACCAGCAUUGUAUAAUUUUAGUCUUAGUUUAUGUGAUGGGUAAAGUGGUGCAUAACUUUACGUUGACUUCACCUACCAUACGACAAUACGUGAUACCGAAAACAACGAAAUUAUUGAAAAGACGUAAUAUGGAAUCAGUUAUGUUCAAAUCAGCUCCACAAAUUGAACUACCGGCUAUAGAUAGAAGAAAAAUCUCACCAGAAGAUAUUUGGAACUGGGACUAUUGGUGUAAGUUGCAACCGAAAUUAGGAAAUUGUUCCGAUUUUGUUACAAGGUAUUAUUAUGACACGCAAAUAGACCAGUGUGUUAAUUUCACGUACAGCGGAUGUGACGCCAACAAAAAUAACUUUGAAUCUGCAGAAAAAUGUGAACAAUAUUGUCACGGUACUACUUAUUUGUCACUAAGGGAAGAAACCUCAAAUUAUUGCGCUUUGCAACAGGACGCCGGGAUUUGUCUGGCUCUAGUUAGAAGGUACUACUAUGAUAUAAACAAAGAUAAAUGUGUGAUAUUCCAUUACGGAGGCUGUGGAGGAAAUCGUAACAGAUUUAAUACUAAAAGUGACUGUUUGAAUGAUUGCAAAGGGACUUAAAUGGAAAUAAUCAAAUUGAUCAUAAUCAUAACAUAAAGCUUUUUAAAUAAAAAAAAAAACGACUUCAAACGC